GUGUAACAGAGCUGAACUACUGCUGUUCAGACUGCAGAAAUGGCCAGCAAAACUUCAAUGCCAUCUGCCUGCCCAGCACCUGAAGAGAUACCUUCUGGACUAGAUGUUUUUAGAACCAUACCAUACGCUUUGAUUCUGCCAGAGCUGAUCUUUGGCUGCUGGGUUUGGAUCCUAGUAGCAGCUACCAAUGUGCAUUUCCAAUUGCUGCAGGGAUGGGUUAUGUAUGUGUCUGUCAGUUCAUUUGUCAUUUCUCUGCUGCUCCUAAUGGCCUACCUGUUUGGCUUCCACAGAAAUAUUCAAUCCUGGAGAAUCCUGGAUAGCCUUUACCAUGGAGCCACUGGGAUUUUUUAUAUGAGUGCGGCAGUCUUACAGGCUAAUGCCACAAUCCGUUCUGAGACAGAAGUGGAACCUGGAUAUACACCUCUCUACUAUCAGCUGAAUGCUGCUGCCACAUUCUUUGCAUUCAUCACCACACUGCUGUAUAUUUUACACGCUUUCAGCAACUACUACCACUAAACAUCUCUGAGAAGAAAAGGACACAGCGGCAAGGACAGUGCCAAAACGCUACAAUUUGUGUUCCAAAAUAAACUGUCUAAAAUUGAUUUAAGGACUGAGUUCUGUUAAAACUGAGAUCCCUCAGAAUCUAGCCACUUCUCAUUUUAAGUGAAAAAGAUACUGGGUUUUGUAAAAAAUUGUACAUCAUUUUAUAUUGAAACACUCUGAAUGCCAAUACAAUAGAAUGAGUAAUCUGAUCCUUGAUUAUCUGGUUCUUCCUGUUACAUCAAAUCAUGGUGUUUCCUUCUGUUUCCCCAUGUAAAAUGCUCCCAUUUACCUAAAACAGUCAUUUUUUUUAACAUGCUAUGUUCAGGGAAUACUUUCCACAUUGCUCAUUGGCUGAGGAACUGCUGAAUGCUGCAGAGGAUUCUGGGAUAUGUGCAGUGUCAGUUCAUGUGGGGCACUGACUGUUUUCCAGCUGACUAUUAGGACCAGCUUUGCAGUUUUGGUGACAACAGCACAGUCCUCCUGAUAGGAUUUUACUGCAUUGGAUUUAUGUUGGAAUUAUUUCUUGUGAUUGUAUCUACAAGUAAAUACAUGCUGUUGCAAGACCAGAAUAGGACAAAUAAACUCCCUGAUGUGGUAAAAGCCAACUGCCUCCGCAUGAGGAGGGCAGAAGAAUGAUCCUUCUUAUGAUGCUGUUUCCAGGUCAAAAAGUAAUGUAUGAAUUGGCCUUAAAUUACCUUUCAACAAUUAUGAUGUACAUAAAGAUUUUCUGUCUUUUGUUAUUACAUAGCAUAUUUGUGUCAGUAGGAGUAACUUAUUGGUAAACCUAUAUGUAUUUUCAAAUUUCUUUCAUUUUGUAUUGCUAUUUUAGUUAACUAUCUUUUGCCAGGACAACAUGGCUAACUUUUAUUCCUUUUACUGGCUUGUGUGUCUUUUCAGUUUCUGUUGUAAAAGAAGUCUCAAUGAUACAUCACAGAAGACAUGUGGGAUUUUAUAUGCACUAUAACCUUAAACCUGUUUUAACAGUUAUGUAGGCUUGCCAAGUCCCACCGGGGGGUGGGGAAACCCCCGCCCGAGAGGCCCGUUA